UGAUAUAUGGCCUGAUAUGGCUGUGAGUCAAAACCCAGAGCCGUUUUACCGUAGGUUGACCCCAGUGUCACUCACCGUGUGCGAUCGACGGUCUUCAAGUAGCCCCGAACGUCGCGUCCGAUCGCUCCGUUCGUAGCGAUGCCAGGAGCCCCGUUCGUAGCUUCUUGUUCCGGUCUCAAAAGAAAGAGCCAAACACUGAAUCCCUGCGACGAAAACGAUCUCCCUGCAUGGUAGUUUGUGCAAUGGUGGUGUGAGAAGAUUUCUCCCAAGUGCACUAGACCAGGUUGCAAAACACAUACCUGAUGAAGGACUCGACUGGAGUGACUAGAGUAAAAGAAGGUCUUCAGACCAUUCUUCUGAGAGUCUGUCCGACUCCCAGGGUACAUCUGAAAUGAUCUUGGACUCAGAAAUAACUCUGCCUGUGUUCCACUCAUGGUGGGAUUUGUUUUCCCCGGCGGAAGUACCGUUCGGAUCCAUUCACUAAGAGGCUGCGAACUGCUGAAUCCAGGGACAUGAUGCCAGACCCUUCUCCAGAUUAGAGAACACUUGAAGUAUCUUGAAGUCCUCCAUAAAUGAUGCGAAUCCAAUGACGUAAUGGAACAACAGUUGCCGAUCGUAGGAAUUGGGAAAUUGACCAUGAUCAUGCCCAGAAUGGAAUCCAAUUUUUUUUGUACUGGUGUUAGGUGUGAUGUUCAUAUCUUCUCGUUGGUGUUCCGUUUUCUUUGUGUCUCUCAGGUCAUCUCAAGUCUUUUCACUGCCACAUUCUAGCGCCCUUGCUGCCACCACCUGCCACUUCAACAAGUCAUUUCACGACCUCGGUCGGGCCCGUGCCACCGCAGCAUGGGUGCCGAGGUGGGUGAAGGUGGAGACUUGUUGAAGUGGCAGGUGGUGGCAGGUAUAGAAGAUUCUGAAACAGGGAUGUCAUUUUGCACCCACUGUGUGCUAUACAGUGCAAGCGGGAGCACAGGAGCACGGUUGAGAGUGCAGGUUUUGACAUGACUUAAAAGCCUUACAAGUGGAACUCACAAGUGCAUUGCUAUGAAAACCUCUCUCGGCCAAAGCAGGAUGAGCCUUCCUUUGUCCAACUGGUCGCCGAAGCAGGAGCUGAACAAGAUGUACCAGGCGCAGGUGCUUUGGGACGAGUACAUGGCCAACACGGCUCCGCGUCGGGAAGCGGGCGCUCCGCUCGGUUGGGUCAACACCGUGCCCACCGAACCUGAGCGGACAGGAGCCCUAGGCCCUGGCGGUAUUUUCCUGGACCUCAACCAAGUGGUGUAUUGUCCUGGACCUUGACUGUCUGGAGAUCCCGCACAACGUAGUGGGGGGCGAAAUCAGCCAGGUGACCCCACACGGGUACGGAGCUGGUUGUAUGAUUGGAUUUUAAGUUGUACAACAUGCACUGACAAGUCAAGUCACUGUCUCAGCUCUCUUAAUACUUAUUCAGCUGAUGUUGCAUCGCCUUCUGAGUGGAUCGUCCCUUGCUUGCUUGCCGUUCAGCGAUUGCCGCGGCAAUCGCGUGGACAUGUCGCCUCUUCUUUCGCUGCCCGAGGCCGCGAAGUAUUUGACCGAUGUGGGUGGCCGCUUGGUCGUACUGGCGGGCACCAACCACGUGUGGCGCGACGCCAUCCCCGAGCGCUUUGAGCGGAUGACGGCGAGUCGGGCAAGCGCAGGUGAUCCACCUCGGAAAGCUGUCUCUGUGGCAGCAUGCCUUCGUCCAAUCGGGCAUUUCCAACGCCAUCCAGUGCCCGCCUCCCGCUCAGAUCGUCCAAUCGGAUGGUCUCCAAUACGAAGGUGCCAUGGCGUGGGGAGCAACUGCCACCUUUAGGUGCUUGCGAUUUCCUGGUGCCCAUGGAGGGCCCUGGUGGUGGGGAGGAACUGGCCCAGGACUUGUUGCGUCAGCGUGAGCGACUCCGAGGGCAGUCGCGGGUCUUCCCGGCCGGAUACCUUUGAGCACGAUCGACC